UCUCAUUGGUAGGCAGACACGUCCAUCAAAUAACAGCCGUGUCUUGAUCAUGGACCAGACAGAAGAAAGGUUUUAAUCUGGUUGGGCUCAUAUACUGUAGGGUGAAAAAUAUAUAUAUAGGAUACGACAUUCGAUAUUUGUUUUAAAGCAGAUAGUUUGUGACCCUACGCAUUUCAAAGAGGAAGCAAGAUGUUGAACGUUAUUACACGCUGAACAAUUGUCGGAACAUUUCUACUGGUUGAACCGUUAACUGCGGGUUUCUGAAACGAUCUGUCGAACCCAAACCAGACUGGAUGUGAUUUAGCCCUAUUCUGGUGGGCGACAUUUGUAAAUACGAUCCAAAUGAUGUCCGGAAAGUAUUUCAAGGCUCAUGAAGUCAGUUGCUGUAUCAAAUAUUUCAUAUUUGGAUUCAAUAUCAUAUUUUGGUUACUUGGAGUGGCAUUCCUUGGCAUAGGGCUUUGGGCAUGGAGCGAGAAGGGUGUGCUCUCCAACAUCUCGUCCAUCACAGACCUGGGGGGCUUUGACCCCGUCUGGCUCUUCCUGGUGGUGGGAGGAGUUAUGUUUAUCCUUGGCUUUGCCGGCUGCAUCGGAGCACUGAGGGAGAACUCUUUCCUUCUCAAGUUUUUCUCUGUGUUCCUGGGGAUCAUCUUCUUCCUGGAGCUGACAGCUGGAGUCUUGGCCUUCGUCUUCAAGGACUGGAUAAAGGACCAGCUCAACUUCUUCAUCAACAACAACAUCCGGGCGUACAGGGAUGACAUUGACCUACAGAAUCUCAUAGAUUUCACCCAAGAAUACUGGGAGUGUUGUGGCGCCUUUGGGGCAGACGACUGGAACUUGAACAUCUACUUCAACUGCACUGAUUCCAACCCAAGUCGCGAGAAGUGCGGAGUCCCCUUUUCAUGCUGCACCAAAGACCCCGCAGAGGAUGUCAUUAACACCCAGUGUGGCUACGACAUUCGGGCUAAAGCGGACUCGGAGCAGAUGACCUUUAUCUACAUCAAAGGCUGUGUGCCUCAAUUUGAGAAGUGGCUUCAAGACAACCUGACAGUGGUGGCAGGGAUCUUCAUAGGAAUUGCUUUACUACAGAUUUUUGGGAUCUGUUUAGCACAGAAUCUAGUGAGCGACAUUGAAGUAGUGAGAGAGAGUUGUUUGUUUACCUGAAUCAUCUCAAGCAAACAAAAGGUUGUAACGAAGAUCUCUUGAGUUUUGCCACCUUCUAAAGGGAGACGAUCAGGACACUUGAGAAAUGUACAAAAUGAAGAGUCUCGCUGCUUCCUUUAUGCUCUGUAUAUAAUACUUUUGUAAGAAUUUGUUUUUAUAUGUCUCAUUGAUGCAGUGUCAAACACUGCCUGGAAGGGUCGUGUACAAAGCCAUAUGUAUACAUAUGUGUAUAUAAGGGAGCCAUACAUAUGUAUCUAUAUGGCUCUGGUCAUGUACAGUAUAGAGCUGAGGUCGUUCUGUAAAUGCGCUGCAUGCCUAUUCAUAGGGCAUUCGUUCUCCUACCUGUAUUCUUUAUUGUUAUAAUGUCUGAUGUAUUGUACAGUAUAAGUCAGAUUACCAGUAUGGAGUGAAUUGGCUGGGUAGCACUUUGCACACUGUGUUAUAAAGCCUGCAUAGCUGUAGCAGUAACAUGUAUUGUGAUGUCAUGCUAUACUGUGUGAAGUGUCAUAAAUUGGUUUAGGGACAGGUCCCUAAACCAAUUUGUGACACUUCACACAGUAUAGCAUGACAUUACAAUAUCAUGCAGCAAUUUGGGAUCUUUAGUAAGUUACAUUUAAAUUAAUGACUGUGUUUUGUGAUGUCGUUGGUCAUAAAGUGACAUGAUGAACUAUCAUUAGGUAAUGUGCUUGUUGUCAUGUCAUGGCAGAAUUCAUCUAUGCUUCAUGAAGUUUGAGUCUCGUAAUUAAGUGUUUCAGUUUCUAAAGAGGGAACAAGUUUUAAAGAGUAUUCGUUUUGCUAAUACCACACACAUCCUGUCUAUUGACUAGCAAUAAGAAGACUAGCAAGAACCAUGAACUAACUCUAUUUCAGCCACAAGUGUUGUAUUUCAUUGUUGUGUUCAAUUUAUAACAGUUGCCCCAUAAAGGUGAGGUAUCAAAACCCAACUAGGUUCUUUACUGAAUUUUGAUUGACUUUUAGCUGUUAUUAGUUUAUUUCUCUGUUUUGUCAGAAUUUUUUCAACAGAAGAAUCCCAUGAGGCAAAAAUUUGGCAAAUGUCGUCUUAAUGGCAUCAUUUUGUGGUUGUAUGGUUGAGACUUCAUAUUUCCAGAUGCAACCGAACGGUCUCUGUUACAGUAUAACCAGGCAAAGACAUAUUUUUUCAUGAUGACAUCAAGAGGUCAUGGGAAAGAGUAAUAUUUUGGUUGUUAUUUGGUCAGAUUACAACCCAAUAGGGUCAGCAGGUAGCUUAGCGGUUAAGAGCGUUUAGGCCAGUAACUGAAAGGUCACUGGUUCGAAUCCUGAGCUGACUAAGUAAAAGGUAUAACCCUAACUGCUCUUCUAAAUUGCUCUGGGUAAGAGUGUCUGCUAAAUGAAUAAAAUGUAAAUAAAAAGACAAUAACAAAACUUACUUAUGAAACCUGACCAUGUCAUCAAAAUGACAUUGCAACCAGUUUUGCCUGCUUGGAUGAGACUUCUCUGAUAUUCACCAACCUAAUGUUCUUGGCGGGCACACAGCACAUCACCAGCUGGUUAGCUUUCUGGAAGCAGACGACAUUUGCACUCUCACCAGCAGAUUUUAAGAGGGAACUGAGAUAUUUGUAUUACAUCUAUGUGAGACCACAUUGUAUUGAUUGAAGUAGGGUUGUGGUCAAAACCAUUUCAAUUUAGAAUGACAUGACUAACAAUUCAAGACUUUACAAGUGCUAUUUUGAAUUUCAAUAAACGUUCUGAAUUGAAAUGGAGGUGACCACAACCAUGUAUUGAAGUGACCUCUGAUCUCAAAUCUAGAUCCUCAAAAGACGUGCAAAAGCUACAUUAGACGCUGUGGCCCUUAUUUCCUAAGGCAAAAUUUUCAUUAGAAUAAAACAACAAAUUUCUUCAUGUGAUUGAACUAAUAGGUGCAAACAGUCGAUUUGUGCACACCAAUGGAGGCUGCUGAGGGAAGGAUGGAUCAUAAUAAUGGCUGGAAUGGAGUGAAUGGAAUGGUAUCAACUGGAAUGGAGUAAAUGGAAUGAUAUCAAACACAUUUGAUACCACUCCAUUACAGCCAUUAUUUUGAGCCGUCCUACCCUCAGCAGCCUCCACUGGUGCACACUCUAAGUAAAUCUGGCCCUAUUUGGGGUAUAGAGUAAGAAUAUCACAUAUUUUGUAAAAACUGACUUUUUGAUUUUCUUGGGGGCUGCAUGUAGGUUGUACUUUUCACGGAGCCAUCUCACAAAACACAAAAACAAACAUUUUCCCUGUGCCAUAGGUGUGAUCAUGAUGUUCUGUACUUUCAUGUCAUAUGUGUUUUAAAUCAUGUAAAUAACUGGAUAGUGAGAAGUUGUAAAUAUGUCCAAAUAAAUGUAUGCUGCUUUCUAUUAAA